CAAGCAAAGCAAACAUGUCUGUUUCAAAUGUGGUUUCUGCCCACAGGACGUUGUUUUUAGGUCCUAGGAUUCCAAAUCAUUUAAAGUUUCUCCCUAAAUCCCUCAUUUCUAUUAAAAAAAAUACAUUUCGUCAACUUGUUAAACUUAUUGUACUGGAUUUUGAAGGUAAAAAUGUCACUACUGAAAUGUAUCAGUCAAUUAAGAACACAGAAGAAAAUGAUAUUAAUUUUGACUCAAUAUAUGGAGCUCUAUAUGUUCUAUUGAAGUGUGCAUUAAGUUUUCCAGAAACUUCAUUGAAACAAGAGAUAUUUCGAGAAGAUCUACAGGAGCUUAAAAUUCCUGGCGAUUACAUAGAUGAUCUAGCCAAUAUUGUGUAUGGCACAAGGAAGUCUUCUAUACUCUCCGGUUUAAUCCAGAGUGCACCAUCUUUCCCUAAAUUGAAAAGAAUCCAAUGGCGAAUAGAUGUUGCCAUAUCUUCAUGUACAUUAAACCGAGUGCUUGAACCUACAAUAGUAAUGGAAAUUGAACUAGCAGAUGGACAUAAAAGAACUUUUGAGGUCCAUCCAUCUCAGUUUCAUCUGCUACGAUAUUCAGUUGCUAGCAUUUUGAAAGAAAUGGAAAAUCUGGAAAUUAGGAACGUUCUGAAGCUAUGAAAAUAUGUUGCAUUGGUUUAAAAGCUUUACUAAAAUAUACACAGCUCUUGUUUUAGCAUUUGAAUAUAUACUAGCUUACACAGAAAAGUACCAAUGCGUAUUUCUUCUGAAAUUUUGAAAAACCGAAAUUUUCUUCUGAGAAUAAAAAAAAAGAACAAAUGUGCUUUUAUACUCAUGUUCUAAAUAUGCAGUUAAGAUUUGAUUUUCUAAUGAGCUUGAAUAAAUGUAUUUAUCAAAUAUGUAUGUGCAAAAUCUUAAUAACAAAGUAUCUUAGUGAACUGAUCUAAAU